AGGCGGGGGCUAAGGAAAUGAUAUGGGCACUGGUGGUGCAGAACUGGCAGGAGCAGUGGAACAGCAACACUAAGGACAGGCAUCUAUAUUCCCUGUUCAGAGUAAAGUCGGGGAGGAUGGUAUGAAGGGACAGAAGAGAGGAGGCCAUUUUUACAAGGCUACGGGUGGGACACAGCCGGUUUAAUAAGUAAUUAAUUAUAUGUGAUAGGAAAGCGUCCAACAGGAAGGUGUGAUUACCGCAAGACAUUGGAGAGGUGGGUAUAAUUUGUGGAACGUUCCAACAGGAAUCCGUUCCAAAAACGUCUUAAAGUACAAGGUUGCCAACAAACGCAUACAAUGUAACAUGAUCAAUUCACCUAACUUUUGCUAAAUAACUAUCGAGGCAUCAACUCACCACGUAGCUUAUUCUUAAUGUUUGUCAAUAGGUUACCAGAGUGAGGACAGACAUUUUUCGGAAUAAACAUGGUGAGUGAAAAACGUUAUUAAUUAGCCCACUCCCAACCCGGUUUCGUAUUAUGCCACUAUACGACUUUGUAUGCGUUAUUUGUGGGCAACCUUGUUAUUUACGAAGUUUUUGGAUCAGAUUCAUGUUGGAACGUUGCAAAAAUUAUACCUACCAACAUUGGAACAUGUGCUGAUACUGUGUGGGCAGUAUGAUAGGGAGAGAGACUGAGAAUGGGAUCCAGUAAUUGAGUUUAAGUAGCAUACUGAGUUGAACAUAGUUAGAUACAAUCACAAAUAUGUUGUUAUAUUUUUUUAAGAGAAACUUAGCUGGCAGAUAGGAUUCAGUUCCUCCCAGUACAGUGGGUGGCGCUAAUGCACCAUAACGUUGGAUACCAACUGCCGAUAAACGCCAAAGAAGAAGAACAGCCGUACGGCCGAUAAACCGAACAGAAGAACGUCAGCUGUAUUGACCACGUGACAUUUGAAAAUGGCUGCCUGCGUGGAGAAAAAAAUAAAUUCAGAUGAACAGGAGUGGAUACUGGAGCCUCUGUGUUUCCCUGAGCAGCCUGCUACAGACAUCGGCACCAACUCAUCCUCUCAUCAUGACAUGGAGGUGGUGACCUGUGUGCUCUGCUCUCACUCCGCCCCUUUGUCAGAGAAGGACCGCCUCCUAAAGCACCUAGUACUGGUGCACAAGCUGGUCAUCGCUGAUGUCAAACUCAUCGCUGACUUUCCUAAAUACAUGGAAUACUGGAAGAACAGAAUCUCUGAGCAACCCAUCACAGAUUUCUGCAGUGUGAUCAAGACUAACUCGCAGGGCCCUGUUGAAAAACAGGAGCACUACUUCCUUCUGUGUGAUGUCCUGCCAGAGGACAGGGUCCUCAGAGAACAUCUCCAACAGAAACGACUGGAGGAGAUCCUGGAGCAGCAGCAGAGGGAGAGGGAUGACGACAGCUUCCAGCGCAUCUGCAUGUUCUGCAAUGACGAGUUCAAUGGGAACAGAUCGUCACUGCUCAACCACAUGGCCAGGGAGCACUCGUUCAGCGUGGGACUGCCUGACAACAUAGUGUACUGCGUAGAGUUCCUUGACCACCUGCAGAGCAAACUGGAUAAUCUGCAGUGCCUGUAUUGUGAGAAAACAUUCAGAGACAAGACGACACUGAAGGAUCACAUGAGAAAGAAACAGCACCGCAGAAUCAAUGGCAACAACAGCGAGUAUGACUGCUUCUACAUUAUCAACUACCUGGAGCUGGGGAAAACAUGGGAAGAGGUCCAAUCUGAGGAUGAUCGGGAGAUGGAGGAUGAAGAUGAUGAUUGGUCAGACUGGCAGGCUCACCCAGUGUGUGCUGUGUGCCUGUUCUGUGAGCAGCAGUCAGAGAGCAUGGAGAAGAUCUACACACACAUGGAGGAAACCCACGGAUUUGAUCUGCACAAGUUGAAGACCGAACUCAAUCUGCGGUUCUACCAGCAGGUCAAACUGGUAAACUACAUCAGACGAGAGAUCCACCAGUGCCGUUGCUACGGUUGCCAGGAAAAGUUUGGGUCCAAACCUGAGGUUAUACGUCAUGUAAUGGAGGCAGGUCACGUGAUGCAGCUACCAGAGACGUCAACCUGGGACCAACCACAGUAUUACUUCCCCACCUAUGAGAACGACGCCCUCCUCUGUGCCUUGUCGGACAGUGACAGUGAAUCAGAACACACAGGCCCUUGGAGAGACGUCCCUGUCAUAGCUGAGGACAUCUCUAACCUGAAAGUCCUGAAGCAGACCAGCGUCCUCAGCCACCUUCUGAAGAACACAGACAGCUCUAGUUAAAAAGCUGGAUGGAUGGACCAAUGAUGUUAUAAACUCAGUGGAGGAUGCUCAGGGGAGAACGGCUCAUAGAGGGACACAGUGCAACAACUUCUCGCUUCGCUGUAUCUCCAACAAGACGGUGAUGCUCAUCAGACACUGUGCACUUAGCAGACCAGCACACAUGUGCAGAAAUGAACAUGGCCUGUUUCAUAAGAAUUUCCUGAGCCUGGACUACAUUUAUGUAUGAUUUAAUGUCAUACUUGGUACAAAUCACCAUGUACAACAUACCUGCAGGUGGAUUUGUUUCAUAUAGUAUGAUUGCUGACAAAACGUGACCUCACUGCAGAGAUGUGACAAUUGCUAAAUGUAAAUAAACAUUAUGAAUAUACUAUAACU